CUCGAGGUGUUGAUGUCCUGACGAGCGGCCUCGACGUCUGCCGCGCGCAGCACCCUGCACCACCUUUGACGACGCGCAACAAGCGCCUGCCUGCGCCUGCACCAAAGUUGACGCGCAACAAGCGCCUGCGCCAAAACACAAACGCCUGCAGCAACCGAUGCGCCACAAGCUGCAGCGGGCCCUCGCCGCGGCGUCCGCGGACGUGCGCGCCGUGCUGCACCGCGCGCUCGACCGCCCGGGCCGCGGCCUCGGCGCCGCCGAGAGCGAGGCGCUCCUGCGCUGCCGCGCGCGCGACGACGUCGUCGCCGUCCUCGCCGCCGCGGACGAGGCGCGGCACGCGGCCGUCGGCGACGUCGCGACCUACGUUGUCAACCGGAACAUCAACUUCACGAACUCGUGCACGAAGCGCUGCGGCUUCUGCGCCUUCUCGCGCACGGCCGUCGACGGCGAGUCCUACCUGCUGCCGACGGCCGAGGUCGUGCGGCGAGCGGAGGAAGCCGUGCGGCUCGGUGCGACGGAGAUAUGCGUGCAGGCGGGCCUGCCCGACGUCGACGAGGACGGCGCGCGCUGGACGGGCGACAGCUACAUCGCGAUCGUCGAGGCCGUGCGCCGCGCCGUGCCGCGGGGCGUGCACCUGCACGCGCUGUCGCCGGAGGAGGUGCUCCACGGCGCGCGGCGGAGCCGGCGGCCCGUCGCGGACUUCCUCGCGGACGCGCGCCGCGCGGGCGUCGACUCGCUGCCCGGCACGUCCGCGGAGAUCUUGGACGACGGCGUGCGCGCGACGCUGGCGAAGGGGCGCCUCACGACGGCGGAGUGGCUCGACGUCGUCGAAACGGCGCACGCGGCGGGCCUGCCGACGACGGCGACGAUGAUGUUCGGCCACGUCGAGGACGCGGGCCACGUCGCGCGCCACUUCUCGACGAUCCGCGCGCUGGCGGAGCGGACGGGCAUGGUCUCGGAGUUCGUGCCGCUGCCGUUCGUAUCGACGGAGGCGCCCAUGUACAAGGACCCGGCGAGGCGCGCGGCGCUCGGCGUCCGCGGCGGCCCGACGACGCGAGAGGCGCUCCUCGUGCACGCGGUGGCGCGCCUCGCGCUCGACGGCGCCGUGGACAACCUCCAGGCGUCCUGGCCCAAGGUCGGGCUCGGCUUCGCGUCGACGCUGCUCCGCGUCGGCGCGAAUGAUCUCGGCGGCGUGCUCAUGAACGAGAGCAUCUCCGUGGCCGCGGGCGCGCGCGCGGGCCAGCUCGCGACGCCCGGCGCGCUCCGCGCGGCCGCGGCGCGCGCGGGCCGCGAGGCGCGGCAGCGGACGACGCUCUACGGCGCCGCGGCGAGCGCCGUCGACGACGCGGCGCUCGAGGCCGCGGAGCUCUCGAGCUACGCGGAGCUCACGCGGCGCGGCGACUGGCGCGUCCGCGACGCCGUCGCCCGGGGCCGCGACCGGCGGCGGAGCGGCGGUGCCGCGCCCGCUGCCGCGCGGGCCGAGAGCGCCGCGCCGCGGGACGUCGUGACCUACUCGUCGUGCUACACGGUCGUGCCGACGUACGAGUGCUUCAACAAGUGCGCGUACUGCAGCUUCCGCGCGCCCAUCGCCGGCGGCCGGGGCGACUGGAAGUCGAAGGACGACGUCCGCGCGGACCUCGAGCGCGUCGCCGCGUCGGGCGUCUGCGAGGUGCUCGUGCUCGCGGGCGAGGUCCGGUUCGACUCGCCGAAGCGGCGCGCGUGGCACGCGAUGAUGGUCGACGCGUGCGAGGCGGCGCUCGAGUUGGAUUUGUUGCCCCACACGAACGUCGACGCCCGCGUCGGCCCGCUGCUGGAGGCGGAGAUGGCGGCGCUCGCGGAGGUGAACGCGUCCAUGGGCCUCAUGCUCGAGCAGGCGACGCCGGCGCUGCGGCUGCCGGGCGCGCCGCACCACCGGGCCCCGAGCAAGGACCCGGCGCUGCGUAUGGAGCAGCUCGACAUGGCGGGCCGCCUGCGCGUGCCGUUCACGACGGGCAUCCUCUGCGGCAUCGGCGAGACGGCCGACGACCGGCUCCGGUCGCUCGACGUCAUCGCCGAGAGCCACGCGCGCUUUGGCCACGUCCAGGAAUGCAUCAUCCAGCCCUUCUCGCCGGACCCGGCGCUCGCCAGGUUCGCGCCGGGCGCCGCGCCGGACCUGCCCGCGCUCGGCGAGCUCGAGCGGUGCCUGCGGAGCGGCGCGCGCGACCUCGGCGGCAUCUCGCCCGUGGACCACGUCAACCGGAGCCACGACUUCCCGGGCGUGGGCGAGCUCGCGGCGACGGUCGCGCGCGCGGGGCUGACGCUCGAGGAGCGGCUCCCGCUCCACGACGAGUUCCUCCCCUGGCUGCGGCCGCGGGUCGCCGACCUGCCGGCGGCGCGGCGCGCGCAGCGAUCCGUCGCGCGCCCGGCGACGACCAUGGUCGAGGCGCCGGGCGUCGCCGCGCCGCCAAAGUGCCCGCUCAACGCCGAGAGCCAAUUAUUGGCGGCGCGCGACGCCGUGCUGCGCGCGUCCGAGGACGGCGUCGCGCGCCAGCGCCUGCGGACGCUGCUGCCGCGGGGCGUGAGCCGCGAGCUCAUCCCGCCCGACGAGACGUGGACGGGCGGCAUCAUGCAGCUCUACCAGGCGUGCGCGCCCUUGGUCCGCGACCUGUUGCGGUCCGUGGGGUCCGCGCGCGGCGACGCGGCGCCGACCGUGCGCGAGCAGCGGUUGGAUGCGAGCGGCGUCGACGGCGAGGCUUUGAUGGUCGCCGAGGCCGCGGAGGCGCGCCUCGACGCGAGCGCGUUCGUGCAGCCGAGCCUGGAGACGCAGAAGGCCAUCGAGGACGUCGCCGCCGCCGCGGGCCCGCGCCUCGUGCUCAUGGUCAACCCCCAGUUCCGCGACAGCGACGACACGCUCGACUUCCUCGCGUCCAAGGCGGGCUUCCUCGGCCAGCUCGGCGGCUUCCUCGGCGGCAAGGCGCAGUUCACGAAGCGCAUGGACGAGCUCGGCUUCGUCGACGUCUUCUCGCUCCAGGAGUACGUGACCACGGGCACGCAGGUCCGCAUCUUCCUCUCCUACCCCCACGACUGGCAGAUCUUCGCGCUCAGCGACCGCGACGACGAGCCCGCGGUGAAGCUCGGCGAGUCCAAGGAGCGGCCGGACUACAACGUCAUCGCCGAGGUCCUCGCCGCCAACAAGAUCGAGCCCAAGAUCGCGCAAAGCCCGCGUCCCUUUUUUCGCCCGGCGGCGGGCGACGCGCCGCGCGUCACGCCGCCGGAAGACGCGCCGCACGGCGGCGACGACAACCGCGACCGCGACCCCGACCGCGGCGACGGCGGCCGCCGCUUCCGCCGCGCCGACGGCGACGACGACGACGGCUACGGCGGCUACCGCGACCGCGACCGCGACGACUACAGCAAGGACGCCGACGGCUACCGCGGCGGCUACGACGGCGACGGCUACGGCCGCCCCUACGACCGCGGCGGCGGCGACUACGGCGACGGCCGCGGCGGCUACGACGGCGGCUACGACGGCGGCUACGGCGGCGGCUACGGCGGCUACGGCGGCGGCUACGGCGGCGGCUACGGCGGCUACGGCGACGGCUACGGCGGCUGCUACGGCGGCGGCUACGGCGGCUACGGCGGCGGCGAGCGGCGCAGCGGCUACGAGCCCGUCCCGCGCGACCGCUUCAACGCGCCGCUUCCGUCGGGGGGGACGGGGUCGAUCGAAGUGGUGCUGUGCACGAAGCCGGAGUCGAUGCUCGUCGACGCGGAGGCCAUCCCCGGGAGCGAGUCGCUCCAACUCGUCGAGCUCCAAUGGGUUGCGACGCUCUCCUCGAGCAAGGUGCUGACCCUCGCCCGCGGCGCCUACAAGGACUCGCCGUAUGCCUGGGCCGGCCCGAACAAGGCCAUUUCUAGGGGCCUCGCCACGCGGAUCGAGAAGUGCUCCGCGGGCGAAGUGGUGGCGACCUUCGCCGUGCGGCUCUCGAAGACGGCCCCGCAGCUCCAGGCGCUCGAAGCGGCGCGGCCCGCGGGUCAGGCCGCUCGGAUUCUCACCGUGAAGCCGAAGUUCACGUUCCACUGCGCCGCGGCGUCCUCGAGCGCGCACGCGAAGUUCGAGCUCUCGGACCUCGGCGACACGCGCCUCCUGACGGCCAUCCGCGAGCUCCAGCACGGCGUCCCCAUGACCGUGGAGCUCGGCCGCGACGACACGUCGACGCGCCGGCAUCUGGUCCGCGCGGUCUUCCUGGCCUACCAGUGCCCGGAUGACAUCCGCGAGCUGCUGGGGGAGGGCCCCGCGGACGACCCGGGCCCGCUCCGCAUCGAGGUCACGCGGCGCGACGACGACGGCUACGACUACGACGUCAAGGUCGUGGGCAUGGGCCGCAUCUUCUCGCCGAAGGUCCUCCGGGACUUCCAGAAGCUGCGGUUGCGCGCCGCUCACGCGAUGGGCGUCCCCGUCGCUCACGCGGCGCGGUGCCUCAUCAACCCCAUGAUGUUCGUGGGGCUCUUCGGCGGGCUCGCGCCGUUCCGCGAGGAGGGCGCCGUCGACGAGUUCCUCGCGAGAGGCGAGCGGCACGAGGGCGUCGUCGACGACGCGGCGGCGGCCUGGGGCGAGGCCCUGGCGGCCGAGCGCGACGGCUCGCCGGAGGACGACGGCCCGGGGGGGCCCAAGCCCCACAUCUACAGCCUCUCGCGGGCUAACGACGCGGACAAGCUCGUGGACCACGUGAAACAGCGGCUGAAACGCGAGGAGAAGGACCUCGCGUCGCUGCAGGAGGGCGACGGCGACUUCCGCAUGAAAGCGGACCGCGUCGCCAUGCUCCAGCGGUUCGUCGCCAUCUUCCAGUACAAGGGCGCCGACCCCCCCGACCAGCUCUUCCCCUUCCCCGUCGUCCCGGAGGGCGCCGUCGACGAGGCGUACAUCGUCGCGCUCCCCACGGUCGUCGAGGACGGCUAGGGGUCCCCGCCCGCGGCGGCCCACGUCAUCGCUCCCAGCGGCGCACUAAGCGCGCUUAGCUGCCCUCUAAAGGACGCGAGGGCCGCG